UAUAACAGCGUUGGCUGCAAGUGCAGUGUUCCAACAGUUCCCUGGUGCCUGCUCAUCGAGUUUCUGCUCCAGUGCCCUGUCAGGAAACGGACUAGGAGAGGAGAAAGAGGAACCGCUACCUUUGCUUGACUUGGGACCCUUCAGAAUGAGUUGCAGAAAAUCCAGGAUGUAUUGCUUUUAACCCAGCAGUGAGGAUCUCUAAACGCAGCUGUAACUGCUUGCCUUUCACCUCCAGCAGGAAGUUUCCUUUAGGCAGAAGAUAUUUCUGCUACAAUGGACAAAGGUCUUUCCUCCCUUCUCUGUGUGAUUACAACCAUGCUGCUCCUGGGAGAGUCAAGCCGAACAGGAACCUCAAGGAAUGAUGAUGCUCUGAGUCAGGGCAUUGACUCGAGGAGACCAGAAGAGGUUCUUCCAACUCUGACUGUCACAACAAUCCUGGAAGAUCCCUACGUCAUGGUGAGGAGCGCCGAGCUGGAGGGGUACUGCAUCGACCUGCUGAAGGCUCUGGCUGCAAUGCUCCGGUUCCGCUACAGGGUGAAGGUGGUGAGCGAUGGGCAGUACGGAGCUGUCGCUCCCGGCGGGAACUGGACCGGGAUGAUCGGUGAAGUUCUGAGACGGGAAGCAGACAUCGCAGUGGCGCCGCUGACGGUGACGUCAGCCAGGGAAGAGGUGGUCUCCUUCACCACCCCCUUCCUGCAGACCGGGAUCGGAAUCUUGCUCCGCAAAGAAACCCUCUCUCAGGAGAUGUCGUUCUUCCACUUCCUGGCCCCUUUCAGCAAGGAGACCUGGACCGGCCUCUUGUUUGCCUACGUGCUGACGUGCUUCUGCCUCUUCCUUGUUGCCAGGCUGAGCCCCUGUGAGUGGAAUGAGCCAAAGAACGAAGAGAACCACUUCACCUUCUUAAACAGCCUCUGGUUUGGAGCAGGAGCCCUUGCCCUGCAAGGUGUCACCCCUCGACCCAAGGCUCUCUCUGUGCGGGUCGUUGCUGCUGUCUGGUGGCUCUUCACCAUCGCGCUGCUGGCUGCCUACAUCGCCAACUUCACCGCCCUGCUGAGCUCCGGCAGCGAGCAGCUCCCCAUCCAGACCUUUGAGGACCUUGUGAAGCAAAGGAAGCUGGAGUUCGGGACACUGGAGGGCUCCUCUACCUUCUACUUCUUCAAGAACUCCAAGAAUCCCAUCCAUCAGAUGAUCUACGAGUACAUGGACAAGAGACGAGACCACGUUUUAGUCAAGACCUACCAGGAGGCAGUUCAGCGGGUGAUGGAGUCCAACUACGCCUUCAUUGGGGAAUCCAUCUCCCAGGACCUCGCCGCCGCUCGGCACUGCAACCUCAUCAGGGCCCCCGAAGUUAUCGGAGCCAGAGGAUUUGGCAUCGCCACCACCCAGGCAUCCCCGUGGACGAAGCAGCUCUCUGUGGCCGUCCUCAAGCUGCGUGAGUCGGGGGACCUCGAUUACCUGCGCAACAAGUGGUGGGAGAGCAGUUGCCUGCACAGGAGCCGCGAGCGGUGGAGCCCUCUGCAGCCCCAGGCGCUGGGGGGGCUCUUCCUCACCCUGGCCAUCGGGCUGGCCCUCGGCAUGAUCGCAGCCGUGGCCGAGCUCUCCCACAAGAGCAGACGCGCUGCUGGGCAUGCCAAGAAAUCCUGCUGUGCUGUUUUCACAGAGGAAAUCUGCACUCGUCUGCACAUAAAGAAAAACACGAGACAGAGCCAGGAGACUUCAGGGAGGGCCAAUGCUUAACAGUUCUGUCCUGAAGGAACGGGCCUCUGUUAGGUUCAUACCACGUGUAUUUCAUAGGAACUACAUUGAUGUAGACAGAUGUUUCUCUGCAGGUCUAGGGUGUUAGUUUUCUAAUUCCACACACACACAGAGCACUUCUGGAUUGGUGGAGCUGGAUGCAGAAGAACAUUAAGUGACUUGGAAGAAUUUAAAUCCAUGAGGGAUAGGGGGUAACUUAACAGUAAGGGA